UAAUAUAAAUAUUUCUGUAGAUAAUAUACCGAAAUGGAUUUCCCGGGCUACAAGGAAAAUGUGAUGGACUUUCGUUUGCUGAGCGAUAUGCCGGGUUUAGAGUGGAAGCUCCUGCGGUACAAGUGUCGUGAUUUGAAACUAGAGGGCAUUUACCAACGACUCGGCCAAUUGCUCUCAAUUGCCCUAGUGCCCCAAGUCAUUAUUGUCGUCGAACUUCUGAUGCUCAUUCACGUGAUUCUGCUGUUCAGCUUGGUCAAGGAUAUUAAUUUGAUUACUGUGCUGCCCUAUUUGGCGGUCAUGUUGCUCACUCCACUUUUCUUGUUGGCCAGCAGGGAUCCCAACAACGAGCAUUACCACCGCUCGGCCAUUUUGGGCAGCUGGCUGGUGGCCUUUUUCCUUAUAACCACGGACUUGAUUCCGGCGCUCUACUUGAACUCUGCGCUGAAGCCAAACUUCGAUCACGUGGCGAUCGUCCUCGUUUACUUGAUGUUGCCGAUUGGCUGUUUGGGCAACGAAAGGGUUCACAUUCUGGGCCUCGUGGUUUCGUUGGUGUACAUUGUGUACGCAGUGUGGAUGCUCCUGAAGAUUAGCGAGCACAAACUGGGUGAGCUUGUUGGCUACGUAAUGUACAUCCUCUUCCUGAACCUGAUGUGCGUAUCCUUCCUCGGAUUUCGUGAGUACAACUUGCGACGCUCUGUUCUCACUCGCUAUCAGAGUUUGUACCUGAACAUGGUUUAUGAGGUGGCCAUGAAGAAGGAGAAGGCCCUUCUGCACUCGAUUAUGCCUUUAAUGUUGGCCCGCACCUUGCAGGAUGCCAUCACCACCCACAUCGAAGAGGAUCCAAAUAAUUUAGUGCCCUUUUCGAAGACUCGUCUCUUGUUUAUGGAACCCCACCCCGAGGUUUCUAUUCUGGAGGCGGAUAUAGUGAACUUCACGCGACUGACCACGACAAUGGCGGUGCCGGAACUGGUGACCACCCUGCACGAGCUCUUCAGCAGCUUCGAUUUGGCCGCCAACCGGAACCGGGCAACCCGCAUCAAGCUCCAGGGGGACUCCUACACCUGCGUCACCGGGAUUCCCAGCUACUUCGGCGCCCACGCCAACGCCUGUGUGAACAUGGCUCUGGACAUGAUCGAGUUGAGCCGAAAAGUCAGCCAGCGGCGCGGCCACAAGAUUGAGGUGAGGGUCGGGGUGCACUCGGGCGAAAUCAUGGCGGGGAUCAUCGGGCACACCAAGUGGCAGUUCGACGUGUGGUCGAAGGACGUGGACAUCGCCUAUCGACUGGAAGCCUCGGGACUUCCCGGGAUGGUCCACGUGUCCAGUACGACGCUCAAUUUACUGGACAAUUAUUACGAGUAUGAGAAUGGCACCGAAACGGCCAAAGUUGAUCCUGUUCUGCAGCUAAACAAUCUUGAAACCUAUCUGAUAAAAAGUCGCCUUCCCGACUACGUGGAGUCGGAGGAAUUCGAGGACGACGACUUCUCUUUGAAGGACUACCGACUCUAUUUCGGCAACGACUACGAAGAUAUCGUUCGGAAGGCUCAGCGCGAAAUGGUCAACGAAGUGGAACACAUACCGGUGAACCGAGUGCAGUCGUGCAAGUUUAGGACAAAGCGGCAGAAUAAAGAAAAGGACCUCGACGAAGAGUACCAGUUCAACGUGAACACCUACUACCUCUUCACCAUCUUUCGCAGCUGGGAAAUGGAGUGGUCCUUUGGCAAGCGGCCGGAUCAGAUGAUGAAGUACAGCCUGGUGAUGGUGGCCUAUGCUGGAUUCACAUUCCUUUGCGUAAAUAUGAUUCAAGGGAUCGAUGCUGUUUACUACCCCACCCUAAUUAUGUUUUUUUCAAUAAUUCUGUUCGUCCUGUUUUUGGCUGCCUUCAAGAAACUUUGGUUGGGUCGCCGACUUACCCCGCCAACACAACCGUCCUCUUUCCUCACUCGCUGGCUAAUCAAGGCCUCCAAUCUCAUCGAGCAGUCGGUGUAUCUCCGCGUUCCAUUGGCCAUGACAAUGCUCUUCAUCCUGUAUGUCAUGUCCUCGCAGGAAGUGUUUUCUUGUGACAUAGCGAAGUUGGAAGUAGAAAUCAUAGACUCCGAGCUGCACGACUUAGAGCCGAGGAUGUUUUGCUUCUUUCCCUGGGAAAUCACUUAUUCAGUGGUCAUGGUGCUCAGUCUGAUAUUGAUAAUCAUCGGUGUUCCACUCCUCAUCAAGUUGUGCGUCGGUCUUACCAUUUUGGGAUUACAUUUGGUCACGGUUCACGAGUACUACGGAUUCGCCUUCGAAAGGUCGGAAACCACCUUCGUGGGCUUGGAAUCGAGCCUGGCCCACACCUGGUACGUGGUGGCCUUUUGGAUCUUGGUAACCGUUCGCGAAGGAUACCUCAACUACCUCCUAAAAGUCAGCUACUUCAUGCGGGUGUGCUUCGAGAAGAGAGUUCACGAAACCAUGAUCAAAUCUCGCUCCAUCAAGAUCAUCAUGACCAACAUUCUGCCCAACCACGUGGCAGAGGUCUUCAAGGAGCCUCGCCGCAGUGACGAGUUGUACUACGAGAACUUCUCCCAGGUGGCCGUCAUGUUCGCCACCAUCGAGAACUACGAGUCGGAUAUGUCGGGGCUCCGGGUUCUGCACGAGAUCAUCUGCACCUUUGACGACCUCUUGGUCGACUACCAAUCAAGGAACCAGAUCGAGAAGAUCAAGGUGAUGGGCUGGACGUACAUAGUGGCCUGCGGCCUAGAAGUAGACCACAACAUUGACCCUGCGAUAAUUAUUCCUGUUUCGUCCGAUCGAGAAUCGGAGAAUUCCCAAAAGUCAUCAUCUGUGCGUUCUCUACCAAUCGAUGAGGAAGAGUUCAACGGGGCUGCAGAAAAGGAUGAAGACAUCUUGGUUAUGACUCAAUUUGCUUUAGAUCUGCUGCGGAUAAUGCGCGAAAUCCGGUCUAAAAAUGUGCUCUUCGGUGCUAACUCCAGGGUGACCGGCAGCCUGAAAAUAGGCAUUGCGAAUGGACCCCUAAUGGCUGGUGUAGUUGGACUCUCGAAGCCGCAUUAUGACAUCUGGGGCCACACGGUGAAUAUGGCCUCACGGAUGAGUUCCACCGGAGUGCUCGAUGCCAUCCACGUGACCAAGAGCACCUCGAAGAUUCUGCGGACAUUCAACAUCCGCUGCAACUACCGGGGACAGACGUAUGUUAAGGGCGUGGGCGAGGUACCCACUUACCUGGUGGCUUUGGACCAGAAACUGCAGUUUCAGGAACACUACAAGAUUAACGAUUCAUCCAAAGACAGCCUGAUUUCCGUGGAACUUAUAGAUGAGAAAGAAAGAAAAACCCCUAAAAAAAAAAAAGAAAAGUUUGAAGGUUAAAUUGGGCCAGCUUUAUUCCUAGCCUUAUAAGUCAAAUUAACAUUGUUGCGAAAUAAAAUUGUUUUCAUCUCUAGAACA